AUGACUGCUGUCAAGAGCGACGCGCAGCCGCAGCUGCUCUUCGUCGAUGGCUCCUUUGAGGAGCUCGCCAAAGAAAUGGCCGACUACCUCAAGGCCGAGGACGCGAAGCAGCUGCUGGGCGGUGGCGACAAGGCGCCGUCUAAGGAGGAUGUGCUGGCCAAGCUCGUCGCGGCGUCGAGCGCCCUCAACACGGUCCCCGAGAAGGAGUACACGGCCGCGUCCAACCUUAUGAUCCACCUGGUGCUGCAGUCGUCCGACCCCAAAAAGUACCUGCCGGCCCUCUGCGCCAACUUUGCGAAGCCCAUGGGCAACUCGCCCGUUCACGGCGCCGGCCUGUCGCUCAAUGCCCUGUCCACCGUCUUCAACCUGCUCGAGCCCGCCGACCCCAUCCGCGCGCGCGUCUUCAUGGAGAUUCUCAAGUUCCUCAAGGCCCAUGGCAUGUUUGACAGCUUGCGACCCUACCUCGAGCGCCUGCCCGAGUGGCUGGACUCCUGGGGCGCUGGGGAAGAGAUUGAGCGCAAGAUUUACGAAGAGGUGGCCGACGUGGCCGCCGAGGCUGGCGAGGAGAGUGAAAGCUACAACUUCCUCCUCAAGGCGCUCCAUACCUUUGAUGCCGACGACAAGGAGGAGCUCACGUCCGACGACGCCCAGCGACUCGCCCUCCGCGCGGUCAAGAUCGCCAUUCUUUCCAACAGCUACUUCCUCUUCCAGGACCUCCGUGCCAUCCCCUCGAUACAGACGCUCUCCGAGACGCACCCCGUCUACUCGCAGCUCCUCGACAUCUUUGCCGAGCAGGACCUCGAGGACUACAACGACUUCAACGACGAACACGAGGGCUGGGUCGCGCAGCAGAAGCUCGACGGCGAAAAGCUACACCGCAAGAUCCGCCUACUGACCUUUGCCAGCCUCGCGGCCGCCACACCCUCGCGUGAGAUUGCCUACGACAAGAUCUGCAAGGCCCUCCAGAUCCCCGCCGAUGAGGUGGAGCGGUGGACCAUUGACGUGGUCCGCGCCGGCCUCGUCGAGGGCAAGCUCUCCCAGCAGCGCCGCAUGUUCCUCGUCCACAAGGUCACCUACCGCGUCUUUGGCCAGAAGCAGUACCAAGAGCUCGCCAACCGCGUGGAUCACUGGCGCGCCACGCUAAACAACGUCCUUACCGUCCUCAAGCAGGAGCAGAGCGCUGCCAAGACGGCCCGUGAGCGUGAGACCCAAGAGCUGGAACGCAAGCUCACCAGUGCCACCACUGGCGGCUCCGGCAACCAGGGCGGUGACCGCCGCCGACACCAGCGCGAGCGCACCGACAACGAUGACUAA